GGUUGCUGGUUGGUUGUUGUAGUAACCGGGGAAGCUGCUGUCGGCGGCUGCCUUGAGCCCGGCUGGGGAAGAAGGAGGGUGGCAGGCGCAGAGCGCUGUCCCAGCCUGCCCGCCCCGAGCCAUGGGAAGAUGAAACAGGAAUCUGUGCCACCCCAAUUGUUUGAUCUGGUGAAUCUGCAAGGAAAGGUCUCUGAGGCCCCCAUCUGCUGACUGCAUGACAAACUCUAAAGGAAAUGCCAGUCGUGAUGGCCCGGGACCUGGAGGAAAUGGCAUCAUCCUCAGAGGAUGAGGAGGUGAUAAGCCAAGAGGAUCAUCCAUGUAUCAUGUGGACUGGAGGCUGCAGGAGAAUUCCAGUUUUGGUAUUCCAUGCUGAGGCUAUUCUGACAAAGGACAACAAUAUUCGAGUCAUUGGAGAACGUUAUCAUUUGUCUUACAAAAUUGUACGAACGGACAGUCGCCUGGUACGCAGCAUUUUGACAGCCCACGGAUUUCAUGAAGUUCAUCCAAGCAGCACUGACUAUAACCUAAUGUGGACAGGAUCCCACUUGAAGCCCUUCUUACUUCGUACCCUCUCUGAAGCACAAAAGGUUAAUCACUUUCCCAGGUCGUAUGAACUAACCCGGAAGGACCGACUGUACAAAAACAUCAUUCGAAUGCAGCACACACAUGGAUUCAAGGCUUUUCACAUCCUCCCUCAGACCUUCCUGCUGCCAGCUGAGUAUGCGGAAUUCUGUAAUUCAUAUUCAAAGGACCGGGGACCUUGGAUAGUAAAACCAGUGGCCUCUUCCAGGGGGCGGGGCGUCUACCUGAUCAACAAUCCAAACCAGAUUUCCCUGGAAGAGAACAUCCUGGUCUCCCGUUACAUUAACAACCCCCUGCUCAUAGAUGAUUUUAAGUUUGAUGUGCGCCUCUAUGUGCUUGUGACUUCCUAUGAUCCUCUUGUCAUCUAUCUCUAUGAAGAAGGAUUGGCGAGGUUUGCAACCGUGCGAUAUGACCAAGGAGCCAAGAACAUUCGGAACCAGUUCAUGCACCUGACCAAUUACAGUGUGAAUAAGAAGAGCGGAGACUAUGUCAGUUGUGAUGAUCCGGAAGUGGAGGAUUACGGGAACAAAUGGAGCAUGAGUGCUAUGCUCAGGUAUCUGAAACAGGAAGGCAGAGAUACACUGGUGACAUUGAUGGCCCAUGUAGAAGACCUGAUCAUUAAGACCAUAAUCUCUGCUGAACUAGCUAUUGCCACAGCCUGUAAAACCUUUGUUCCUCAUCGCAGCAGUUGUUUUGAACUCUAUGGCUUCGACGUGCUCAUAGAUUCUACCCUGAAGCCGUGGUUGUUGGAAGUGAAUCUCUCUCCUUCUUUGGCCUGUGAUGCACCUCUGGACCUAAAGAUUAAAGCCAGCAUGAUUUCAGAUAUGUUCACUGUUGUAGGGUUUGUGUGUCAAGAUCCUGCCCAGCGGGCAUCAACCCGGCCAAUUUAUCCCACCUUUGAGUCUGCCAAGCGAAACCCGUUCCAGAAACCUCAGCGUUCCCGUCCACUCUCUGCCAGUGACGCGGAAAUGAAAAACCUUGUGGGCUCAGGACGAGAGAAAGUGCCUGGGAAGUUAGGAGGGUCUGUGCUUGGUCUGUCAAUGGAGGAGAUCAAAGUUUUACGGAGGGUGAAGGAGGAGAAUGAUCGGAGAGGUGGAUUUAUUCGCAUAUUCCCUACAUCAGAGACUUGGGAAAUAUAUGGAUCCUACCUUGAACACAAGACCUCCAUGAACUACAUGCUGGCGACGCGUCUCUUCCAGGACAGAAUGGUGGUUGAUGGAGCACCGGAACUGAAGGUAGAGAGUAUGAAUUCGAAGGCCAAGUUGCAUGCUGCUCUCUAUGAAAGGAAGCUCCUGUCUUUGGAGGUGCGAAAACGUAGACGACGGAGUGGCAGAUUGAGGGCAAUGAGGCCAAAAUACCCAGUGAUUACCCAACCAGCUGAAAUGAAUGUUAAAACUGAGACAGAGAGUGAAGAGGAGGAAGAAGUUGCGUUAGACAAUGAAGAUGAAGAACAGGAGGCUUCCCAGGAGGAAUCUGCAGGGUCUCUUGGAGAAAAUCAAGCCAAGUACACAUCCUCACUGACCAUCAUGGUAGAAAAUUCACCCAAAGAAAAUGCUAUGAAAGUUCCUGAAUGGAAUAACAAAGGUGAACAGUGCUGCAAAAUCGAGACUCAAGAGCCAGAGCCUAAAUUUAACCUGAUGCAGAUUCUGCAAGAUAAUGGCAAUCUUAGCAAAGUGCAGGCCCGAGUAGCAUUCUCUGCCUAUCUCCAGCAUGUUCAAAUUCGCCUGAUGAAAGACAGUGGAGGUCAGACGUGCAGUGCCAGUUGGGCUGCCAAAGAGGAUGAACAGAUGGAGCUAGUGGUUCGUUUCCUCAAGCGAGCAUCAAGUAACCUCCAACAUUCAGUGAGGAUGGUAUUACCCAGUCGAAGAUUGGCACUUCCGGAACGCAGAAGAAUCCUGGCCCACCAGCUGGGUGACUUUAUCAUUGUGUACAACAAGGAAACAGAACAAAUGGCUGAAAAGAAAUCGAAGAAGAAACUUGAGGAAGAAGAGGAAGAUGGGGUGAAUACGGAAAACUUUCAGGAGUUCAUCCGACAAGCAAGUGAGGCUGAACUGGAGGAGGUGUUGACUUUUUAUACCCAAAAAAACAAGUCUGCAAGUGUCUUCCUGGGGACUCAUUCAAAAAGUUCUAAAAACAGCAACAGUUUUUCUGAUAGCGGGGCAAAGGGUGAUCACCCUGAAACAAUGGAAGAAGUGAAAAUAAAGCAGCCCAAGCAGCAACAGGCAACAGAAAUUCACUCUGAUAAAUUAUCUCGAUUUACUACUUCAGCAGAAAAAGAGGCUAAAUUUGUCUGUACCAAUUCUUCCUCUGCUUCUUUCUCUGGUCCUGCUGCUGCUCUUCUGCAGAAAAUUCCCAACACCCAUUUGUCAUCUAUCAUUGCCACCUCUGACCUCUCACCAGGGUCAGGCCACCAUUCUUCUCUAUCUCACAUUCCUCCAGCUCUUCCCAGCAUGCCUCACCAGCCAGCAGCUUUACUGAGCACAGUCCCUGACAGUGCUUCUCCCGGCAUACAUCCUGGGACACAGAACUUAUCAAGCCCCGCUGGCCCGCCACGCUGUCGAUCAGGCAGUUACACCAUUGGCCCCUUUUCCUCUUUCCAAAGUGCGGCACACAUAUAUAGCCAGAAGCUGUCUCGUCCCUCUUCAGCAAAGGCAGCUUCAUUCCAUCCAAACAAGCAGCAUUCAGGAGUAGCCAAAACACAAAAGGAGGGAGAAGAUGGUUCUUCAUACAGCAGACGGUACAACCCAAGUAUGGUUACUGCUGAACUUCAGCGGCUAGCCGAGAAGCAGGCGGCAAGGCAGUAUUCACCAUCCACUCACAUCAGCCUCCUCACCCAGCAGGUAACAAACCUGAAUUUGGCAAGUGGCAUCAUAAACAGAAGCAGUGCUUCAACUCCCCCCUCGCUGCGGCCUGUCAUCAGUCCUGGUGGCCCAAUGUGGCCAGUACAGUCAGACCCCCAAGCUCCUGAGAGCCACACCACCCCUCCUGGAAGCAGGAGCCUCCAAACAGGUGGCUUUGCCUGGGAGGGAGAGGUGGAGAACAGUGCGUAUAGCAAGGCUACAGGGGUGGUCCCCCAGCACAAGUACCACCCCACAGCAGGCAGCUACCAACUCCAUUUUGCCCUGCAACAACUGGAACAGCAAAAACUACAGUCCCGGCAGCUUCUGGACCAGAGUCGAGCCCGGCAUCAGGCAAUCUUUGGCAGCCAGACACUACCUAACUCCAGUUUAUGGACAAUAAAUAAUGGUGCAGCUUGCAGAAUUUCAAGCGCCACAGCCAGUGGCCAGAAGCCAACCACUCUGCCACAAAAAGUGGUGCCACCUCCAAGUUCUUCCUCCUCCCUGGUCCCCAAACCCCCAUCCAGUCACAAACAAGUCCUCAGAAAGGCAACGUCCCAGAGGACUUCCAAAGGAUCCUCCACGGAAGGGCAGCUGAGUGGACUCCAGAGCAGCCUUAAUCUGCAGCCUUCGUGCCCAUCACCAGCUCCGCAGGAUCUUUGGAAGCUCCCCAAAUUGUUUUCGCCAGAUCCAAACCCUUGCCCACACAAUCUGGAACUCUUGCUACAGUUAUAGGACAGAGAAAAUCAAAGUCGGUGAAGUCAGGGCCAAUUUAAGGUAACAGUAAGAAAUAAAAGCAUAGUUUUUUAUUAUAACUUGCUGACUUUAUACCACAGCAAGAGAUUUAAUAGCUAUCAAGAGAAGUGAUAGUUUCUCAAAAUGACAAGGAAAUUGACAUUUUAUAAAACAAAGCUCAGGCAGGACUCUCCAAAACCGUGGAUCAGUUAAGCUACCACUGGCUUGCUUCUGUAUUGACCUACCAGUAGGUGGCGCUGUGGCAGUAAGAAAUGUCCUUGCUAUCAUGGAGGCUUUUGAUUAAAAGUAAGGGGGCAUUGAGACUGAUCAAAGAAAGAAACUAAAGCCAUAAUUGAGUUAUCACAGGUAAAAUGUAACAGAUGUAUUGAAAAGCAUGAUAUUUGACAGUCAAAUUGCAAUAGCAUCUAAAGAGAAUGAAUAGUUAUUAUUAAAGAUGAUUAUUAAAGAAGACUUUUAGACUGCAGAUGGGUAGUUUGUGAACUAGACCUUUAGAUAAUGGGAGUCAGUCAGGAAGCAAAAUUUUUUUAAAACUUUUUGGUGAGAUUGAUUAAUUAUGCUUUUUCUCUGAGUUACUUAAGAUAAACGUACCGUAAUUGGACGCAAAACAAACUAUAAACCCCAUCCUUCCACCCAUACAGAAAGAGCUUCUACACUGAAGGAAUGACCUGACUUGAUAAGGCUGUACCCACACUUCACCAAAGUGGCCCCCAGUAUUUUGUUGCCAGCUAUGGCCUUCAAAACUUUUCAGAAAAUUCUGUGAAACCUCAAGGUUUUAAUGAUUCCUUUCCUCUUUGCUUUACCCUACACACUAAUGCAUUAAUGGCACACCUGCUAUGAGCUUAAUACUCUUCUUACCUCUAGGAGAAUAUUUAUAAACUUAUUUGAGAAGCAUUAUUCAUCAAACUACCCCAGGAGAGCAAGGGAGGGAGGAAAAUUAUUUACCCACCACAGGAUUCAUUUACAUUGGAUCAGAAAGCUUCAAAUAUCUUUCCCCAGCCCAUCUAAACUCCUUCCAAAAAGGAAUAAGAAGAGAGAAGAGAACACCAAAUCCAUGGCUUGGUCAUCUACCAAAAUGUACCAGAGAAACUGAAAACAACCAGAAUUUUAUUAGUAAUACUUAGCCAAUGGUCCUUUAAUUCUGAUACUGAGCAGCCUAUCCGGUGAGGAACGACUCAUAAAAUAUAGAAAACUAAAGCAAGAAGGUCAAUAUUUCCUUCAGGAGACUGGCAGCCAGAAGAAUGAAUAUGACAUCAAGCUCCAAACCAAACCAAUGGCCUGCCAAGAAGUACUAAUGUCCAUCCGUUUCCAGCGCUGUGAGACUUGGACUUGCCGCAGUUGUAAUAUCGCUUUCCUUGAACCUAUUUCAUGAGUAUCCCUUACAAUCCACCCAGAACAUUACAUGGCAAAAUAGGAUCAUCAGCAAAGAGGCCUUGGGAAAGAUCCCAUCUCUCAACAUUUAAAUUUCUGUUGCAAACACAGCACUGCAGAGCCUUGGCUGUAUGUGAGCCAGGGGUGGGUGAUCCCAAAUGGCAGUGGUGAGACCACAUGCCAAGUGUGUGUGGACCCAGAAGACACUGGGCACAGCAUAACUGCCAGCCGGCUUUAGAGGCAGGCCCACCAGCCUGGCAGAUGGCAGAGUAGUUAGCUAGGUUACCAGGUAAAGAGGCAGAGUCCACAGCCCAUCACCCAGAGGCACGCUUUGUUCUUGUAAAUGCAGCGUAGGCAGAACCAUUGCUUGAGCAGAGGUCCUUUCAGCCACAGCCACAAAAAAUGUCAUCACCAGCUGUGACAGUCCCAGAACCUCUUCAUAUAUCAGUUUAGCGAGGCAGUCAGGUUAGAUUCGAGAAUUUGAAGUGUGUUUGCAUAACAUGUUAUAUAAGACUGAAAAAAAAACAUCAGUUGUACUUAUCAAAGAAUGAGGCAAAUGUGCUGAAGGAUAUUGGGGACUAAAGGCUAUUUGAGAUCCCAAUAUGUUGCCCCAGGCAAGGUCAUAUUUAAACAAAUGCAUUGUUCUGUGUCUUUUAUUCUGUGUUGUCAAUUUGGCACCCAUGCAUCACAGAGUCAAUUAUAUUAACUAUAUUUUCUGUAUUCUUGAUGCUUUGGUGUUUGGGUACGCACAGACCCAGGGAGAGACUUCUCCUUUAAUUCCUAAAGGUAAGAACGCCUUGCCCACGAGCAUGCCUUUUACAUACAGACCAGCCCAUCCCAAGCUUAUAGCCCCAUCCACCUCCUUAUUGAACUCUCACAUGGCAAGUCAAAAGUCCCCUGGCCCGAAAUCACUCCAGUACCAGGGGCCAGGCAACUAGAGACCACCCCUGUAGCCCAGAGCCCACUAGAAUUAUUCAGACUGGCCAGUCUUAAGCUGUUAUCAAUGCCCUGCAUAGACUUCCCCCUCACUGCUGUCUUCGGUCCCCUGAGCACACUGGUGUUUGCCCCUGUGACCAUGGGUGGUAUGCAGUGACCCCCCACCCUGGAACCUGGCAGUAAAGUCAGCUAUUUCUUGCCAAGCCUCGUUCUCACCUCCUCCUUGGCCGCACUGACUUUAGCUCACCAUACCCACCAUGUACAUUCUUAGAACACACAGCAAUAGAAGAAUAGCUUUGGUUUGUAAUACAAGGAACCAGAUGAAAUUCAGAAUCAAUUCGGUUAGUAUCACCCAGUUCUAAACAACAGGUCACAGCACUCACUUCAUUAUAGGCUGUAUUGCACAAGCGCUGUUUUAACAGUGUGUGUUUUGCUAGUCUCACUCUGGCUGUAGCCACACAAGAAGGAUGUGGAUCCCUCCACAUGGCAGAAUUGCCUGGCUGCCAGCCAUUGAAAUGUCGUGCUUUCCUGUCCUGAGGCCUCUUUCAUUUCAUUUAGUAACUCUGUCUACAUUCAGCAACAAAACUCAAGCAUAGCAGAACAACCUGGAUGGGAGUAGGGGAGGAAGAAGCCUGAUUUUCAGUUUAGGGGGCUGAAGGGGGUUACUUCUAAGAACCGACUCAAAGGGGGUUCGUUUGCCUUAAAGAAAACCAGGGAAAUCUAUUUCUGAAAUGGAUUAAGAAAUGGACCACUGAGAUAACAUCUGAAAACUGAUAUUGUCUCUUGCUGGGCUGGCAAAGUCCCAAGAGAGGAGUGAUGAUUCCUCAAUUGUUAACAAUUACUACUUUGUUAAUAAAGAGACAGGGGCGUGCAGUGGCUCCUUUCUCCUAUUACAUUUAUAUUACAGAAGCACACACGUCUGGAAAAAAUGCCUGGCCCCCUGGAUUGUUAGAGUUGUACCUACCACUGCAUCUUGUAGCAGAUUUGUGCCAUCCUGUGUAUCAUCCAUUGGCUUUGGUGGAAAAAGAUCCUGUUUAUUCUUGUAGUUCAGAAUUGGGCAAGUAACCAGCAUAACACUGCCUUACUCUGUGAGUCUUUAUCCUUAUCACUCCAAGUUAUCAGUCUAUACUCUGUGGUUAUUCAUCCCAUGAACCCACACAUCGUGCUGCCAGCUUCAAUGAGAUGCUUGUUAUAGGCACAUACCUUUGCUUCACCGUGCUUAUAUCCUUAGGACAUAAUUGCUCCUAAAAGUUCUAAAGAACGAAAACUGCAUGCUAAGCCAUGCCUGUGUUUGGAAAAUGCAAACUUUGCACAUGGAACUAUUUACAGCUCUGCUGGCCUGAUCUGUAGAAUUUGAACUAGGUCCCAAAGAGAGUAGGGAUGUGAUGCAGGGUGUGCAGAACAGUGACUUGAAGUAUAUUGUCCUGUUGGCAUGAUUGGCAUUGACAUUUAUUCUUUCAAAUUGCGAUUAUAAGGAAAAAAACUCAGAUUCUCCCAAGUCCUCAGAAUGAAGAGCAUCCCUGGUUAAACAAUAGUAUCUUGUACUUCUUUGUUCUUAUCUUUCAGAUAUGCGAGUUUUGUCCAUUUAGGGCUUCUGCAGGUAUCAAGGAGCCUUCUUCUUUUGUAACCUAAACCCAGGUUAACUAGUUAUCUGAUACCAGAAAGGAACAGGUUGAAUGUGUGGAAUGUCCCACUGGCUACAUCAAUAAAACAGCACACAUCCCCCAUAAAAUGGGAACAUACCUGGGAAAGCCAACCUGGCUGUAAGAUGAUGUGAAGAAAAGUCAGCUGCUAUUUUAGAAGCUGCCAUUUUAUGUUGUUUAUUUGUUGGUUUUGUGGUGGUGGUGAAGUAAAGAAUCACUCUUUUAGAUCAGCUGGACUGGAAAGUGACUUUGAGGUGUUUUUUUCCCCCCUUCCAUUCACUUCUAAUUUACUUCCCAGGGAAAUUAAGACAGGUGACAAGCCCUAAUGAAGAUGUCUUGGAAUUUGAUGAAAGGUUUGGUUUUUUUUUUAGUUUAUUAUAGCUGAGCUGCAAAAAAGUUUAGGUAGUGUUCAUAGUUAUUCAUCAGAUGCUGGGAUAUGAAAUUUUUAGAAAUACGACCUCACUCGGGCUUCCUGUUUUGUAUUUACUCAUCCGUUCUACCAUUUUCCAGUACAAAUCACCUCCAUGCCUGGUACAUAUUCUUACCCUCCUCUUUUUUGCAGAGGAUUUGAGUUGUCUGAAGUCACCUUUGAUUAUCUAGAUGAGCCUACCCUCAGAUUACCAACCCCUGUGAAAGAAAGUGAUUGUACAUCAGCGCAGAGUUGAAACAGUUUUAGGAGCCAGACCUCAGGAACACCUGUAGCCUUAUCUGGACAAUUAGUGACUCUAGUGGCUAAACAGCGAGUCAGUUAGUCCAGCCCUAGGAUCAGGUCACCUGUUGUCUCUCAGCAGCCAGCUCACAUUGUCCCCAGGUUCACAGUUCUACUUAUGACUCAGAGCCUCUCUGUGUGAUUGUUUCUCUCCCACUUGCUGCAUUCAGCUUUCAAAAGACAGAGUCAAUAUAUUUUCCAUUCCGUCAGCCAGCAAAGUGCCACUGGUGUGCAGAAAGGUAGGCAGAUGCCAGGCUGCUACUAGUGUUAGCAUGAUUAGGUGAGGUAAAGCUGCCAGCAUAUGAAUUUCUGGCAAUUUUCUUCAGGUGAGAUUGUAGCCCGCAGGACAGCAUAGGCUUUAUAUCUCUAGCAGAGAAUCUUAAAAUAUAAAAACACGUGCAAUAAAACCAUAAAAUGAAGGGAUAAUCAAGGCCAGAAAACAAGAUAUUUCAAACUUUUCAAAUAGAAGACCAAAUAAAAUUACUCUAAUUGAGGUUAAAUUUAGUUCUGAAUCUUCUAACAACCAGGACAAAAAGGGAUAAAUACUCUGGGGGAAAACUAAGCUUUUUUUCCUAGCUCUAGUUCCAAAAGAAGUGUUUUGCAUACUUUAUAUAGGGGGCAGUGAAUGAAGUGAUAGUGCCUUCAACGACCUAACAUAACAGAAGUAGGUCAUACUUCUUGGCAUCACCAACACGAAGGCAAAAUAUUUCAGUGCAAGUCAACGAAGAUGGUUUUCUGAGGGACAAAACUAAUGUAACCUACGUCUCUUUGUGGUCCAGCAUAACCCAUGGGUAAGGUAUUGGUUAUUCAGAGGACCGGAUGGGCUGCAUGUGUCUCAGGCAAUCUGAAAAUACAACUUCCUUCAAUUGAUUGCUUGGUAAGAGCCAGUUGUGCUCUUAGACCAAAGCCCAGACACCUAGUCUUCUGCAUUACUGGUUGAAGAUGCAUCUGUAUGCUUUGGGAAGCUAGUGGCACAGGUUGUAUAUUGUGAAAACUGGAAGCUAAGCAAUAUUCCCAACCCCAUCGUAUGGCGUAUUUCUUCUCUGUUCCUUUAUUUGUGUAGACUUUCCUCUGCCUAGGUACCAUCUGCCUCCUCUUGCCUGCCUUCAUCCCCAGUAUGACUAACGCCUAUUGGUCUUCCUCCCUCCUUCCCAACCCCAGCCCAUUCUUAUGCUCAGUCAGCUUUCUGACUGUGCUCCUAUGGCACUCUGGGAUUACCUCUGCGGUGACAUUCACAACACUCUCUAUCCUUACAGAUUACUUGACUGUUCUUCCCCCGUUAGACUGUAGUUCUCUGGAAGGCGAGGAGCAGCUCUGAUUUGACUCUCAAACCUCGAGAAUUAGCACAGUGCCCAACCUGUAGUAGGGACUUAAGAAAUUUGGAUUGGGAGUUCCUGUCAUGUCUCAGCCAUCAGCGGACCCACUAGCAUCCAAGAAGACACAGGUUCGAUCCCUGGCAUUGCCGUGAGCUGUGGUGUAGGUCACAGACGCAGCUCUGAUCCCACAUUGCUGUGGCUCUGGCAUAGGCCAGCAGCUACAGUUUCGAUUGGACCCCUAGCCUGGGAACCUCCGUAUGCCACAGGUGCAGCCCUAAAAGACAGAAAGACCAAAAAAAAAAAAGAAGAAGAAGAAAGACAUUUGAAUUGAUUAUGUGAAUGAGUGUAUUUUUGUACUCUGCAUUUGUUUAUUCUUUUCUGUAAUACCUGUCCACGUAUGCGAAUACUUCUUAUCCUUUAGGGAUCCAGUUAAGUUUUGUCUCUUCCAGUGAUCCUUACUCAUGUAAUUACAUUUAUCUUGCCAUUUUUUAAAAAAUUUCUAGGGCACUUACAUUUUAUAUCACAAAGUUCAGCAUUUCAUUGUAUCAUGUCAUCUUUUAUCACUACUUACUUCUAGGGUGAAUUGUUUCUUCAUUAUGAUCAGAAACUGCUUGAGGGCAGGAUUACAUUCCAUAAAUUUCUUAAAUCCCUAGCAAUACCAAAAAUCCUUCAUUACCAUGUAACAUUAGCCUUUAAGGAAAGAAUAAAUAAUACACAUAAUUUUUUUCUGGAAAGUAGUUUAUUCCCUAUAUUCUUUGGGCUUCAAAUAAAAUCCUUAACCUCAGAAGAUGAAAUCUUUCAAUGAAGAUUUCAUAAAUAAUGUACUUUAUCAUUACAUAGUCUUCAAAAUUAAAAUAACUUAAUCUGUAAAUUACCUAAUAUUUAUAACCUACUUCUUGCAAUAUUUUAUUUUUUCCUUGCAAUAUUUUAAAACUAUUUCCUAUAAAAUAAGAAAGGACUAGUACCUACCCUUCAGAUAACAACUUCAUACACAUUUAUAACUUUAUACUAUAUUCUGUUACAAGGCGGGAUUCAGUAUAAAGAUGUUUUAGACCGCACCCAAGGAUCUCUUUAUAAGGGAGCAAAAUUAAAACGAGGUUUAGUUCUUGAAAAAUAUUAUCCUUCAGCUUUUUUUUCCCCUCUGUACCAACUUGUUGAAGCUCUUUGACUUUAUCACAUAGAUCAGGUUUUGCUUUAGAACACUGAACUACUUUAUUCUCUUCUGAACUCUCUAUGAAUUCUUUAGGCUCCUCUUAAAUCGUACAGUACCUGAAACUGGACACUAUAGCGUUCGAGCUCUUCCUAGUAUUGACUGAAGUAUAAAAUUAUCAUUACCAUUUUGGAAUCAUAUGUUACACUUUUAUUUAUGUUUGUACAGUGUUCUCAGAAACAAAACUAAAGUUCUCUCAACCCUUACCUCUCACCUUCACUAUUUCCUCUUCCUUCAAGUUCAAUACCAUAUGGCAAAAUCACUGUCAUCAUCAGAAAUAAUACCUAACUUUUGUAAGAAUUCCAAUAUAAACUGGAAAGAGCAUAACGCUGAAGUUAAUGUGACCUGUCUGGGCUCCACCACUUCCCAGUUGGCAGCUAUGAGCUAAUCACAUAACCUCUUUGAGUUUCAGUUUUCACAUCUGUGUAGUGAGCAUGAAAACAUCAGUCUUACAGGAUGAUGCAACUAAUACCAAUCAACCUGAUUUUAAAAUGGACCAAGGACUGGUAUAGACAUUUCUCCAAAGAAGUUACGCAAAUGGCCAAUAAGCACAUGAAAAGAUGGUCAGCAUCACUAAUCGUAAAGGAAACACACAUCAAAAUCAUAAUGAGGAGUUCCCGUCGUGGCGCAGUGGUUAACGAAUCCAACUAGGAACCAUGAGGUUGCGGGUUCGGUCCCUGCCCUUGCUC